AUCAAGGGAAUAAUGUCAUUGGUAUCUUUUAACCAAUCCACAUCAGAUACCUAUUGGUCAUGGAUAAUUAUUACUGCCUCAGUUCGUGUGGAGAGGUGUAAAUGGUGGAGGAGGGUGAAAAUCAAAUCCGCGUUGAGGGACAAACUUUGUCCGUGAGGGAAGGGAAUUAGUGUCUUGGAGUUGAAUAUUGGUCAGAUGAAAGGGGGAGUCAGUGCUGACUGUUGUUCAAGGUUGCAGGAGAGGAGAGGAAAUCACUGUUCCUGCAAAGUUACAUUUGAUUGCAUAUACUUGACGUCAAUAUUCCAUUGUUGCCACUUGCAGAGAGAGAGAUUUAGAAAGGAAUCGGAGGUUUCAUUCUCAGUGUAUUACCAUACAUAAAACACUGGUUGCAGCAGGUCUGGCAGAGUCAGACAGAGAGGAUGAGAUGGAGACGGGUAUCAGUGCUGACUUUGGUCAUAAACACACUGUGGAUGCAAAACAUAGUCACGGACAAGGAUGAUUGUAAGUGUAAGAUUCAAACUCUGUGCGAACCCAUCUCUUCAAGCCGUGUGGUCCAAACUGAGGUCUUUGUAUUUCACCGUGAACGAAACAACUGGGAGGAAUAUCAUUGGUCGAAGAUUACAACGAUUGUAGUGUCUGGUGCUGUGGAAGAUGACUUCUACUGUCUCGCCCAUUCAUAUAACGUUAGACUUGUCUUCGAAGCAGUUCUUACGAUGGAUGAAUUGAUAAUGAAGGAAAGUUGGAUGUCCACCAAAAUAGUGCUUGUGAGAACUUAUAAGUUGGAUGGAAUAUAUAUUAAUGUCAGGGAUAAAUUAAACAAAGGAGCCCAGAAUUAUCAUGAAUUGACGAGGAUGGUGAUAAAAUCAGCGUCACUUUUCCGCAGUGAAUUACCUGGACGUCAGAUCUCCUUUAAUGUGCCUUGGACUCCGAACUGCAAGAAUGAAAGAUGCUUCGACUUUUUGCCGAUUUCAUACGCUUUUGAUUUGUUCAUUGUUCACUCCUUCAACAUUCGCAAUGACAUGCAGGAUGGUUGCGUUGCAAUGUCAAGCUCUUCCUACCACGAUGUGUUAACAGGUCUCUCCGACUACAUCAAACUGGGCGUUGACUCCAGGAAGCUUGUGAUGGGCAUUCCAUGGUUUGGUUAUGACUACACUUGCAAGCGUUUCUCUCAGGCCGGUGGGUGUGAACUGGAAAAUACUUCUCACUGUGGUUAUGAAUUAGGAAUGUGGCUCCCGUAUGAAACAAUUAUACAACGCCUGCCAAGAUCAUUGACUGGAAGGUUGUGGAACGAUGACCGGUGUACCCCAUAUUUUGUCUACAUGGAUGGUAAAACCUACCACCAGGUUUGGUAUGACGAUCCAGAGAGCAUUUCAAUGAGGUCAACUUUCUUGAAGAAGCUCAAACUCGGUGGCAUUGGUGUGAUGAAACUAAAUGACGUGGACCACAGUAGAACCGCCUGGGCAGCGUUACACGCUGAGGAAAUGUGGAAUGCCCUCUGUCCUCCAUGAAGAUCAUCCUGUGCUCAAAACAUUUAAUCUCUGUAUAAUCUAUCGCUUAGCUUUCCAAGGAAACAGAACAAUAAUUAGCUACUUUCUAGCGUCCGAAGUGAAAUAAACAAAGAUCUGGGAAACAUACAACGUGUCCCCCUACUCCACCCAUCACAAUCAGUCUGAACGAAGAUCUCGACCCGAAACAUCGCCUAUCCAUGUCCUCCAGGGAUGCUGCUUGACCCGCUGAUUUACUUGAGCAUUUUGAACCUUUCCUUGGUAAACCAACACAUGUAUUGUCUUGCCACUGACUGGUUAGCACACCAAAAGCUUUUCAUUGUACCACGGUACACGUGACAAUAAACAAAACUCUAUAAACUGUAUGCACUUACUUGUUUCAAUAUCCCACCCCUCAUUUUUCCAGCUUUCAUCUCUCUUCCCCAAUCACUUUGAAGAAAGGUCCCAAUCUAAAACGUCAUCUAUCAAUUCCCUCCACAGAUGCUGCCUGACCAGCUGAGCUACUCCACCACUUCGUGUUUUGAUCAAAGAUUAUAGCUCAGCAUAAAAAUACCUUUGAGCCUCCACGCCUCGCUCUCUCUGCAACUUCGCAAGCUCAUCUCCUCAUUUUCCAAUUGAAAUAAGGAUGUUUAAUUAGCAACAUGAACUCAGUUUCUCCCCUCACUAACGCUGUCUGAUCUGCUGAGUAACUUUAGCAUUUUAUGCUUUUGCUUGGAAUUUCCAACAUCCACAAAUGAUUGCUUCAAUCAAUUAUUUGGACUCUGAUGUAUCGGUCUCAUUAUUCUUCACUUUCUCCAAUUCCUAAUUCGUUUGUUUUUGAGAACAUGGAACUAUUCAACACAGGAACAGGCCCUUUGGUGAAUUAUGUCAACACCAAGACCAACUCAUAUCUGCCUCUAUGAGACCCAUAUCCCUCCAUUUCCUGGACAACCGUACUUAUCCAAAAGCCUCUUAAACAUUACUGUCGUAUCUGUCUCUACCACCACCCUUGGCAGCAGGAUGCAGGCACUCUCUGUAUAAAAAAACUAGUCCCGCACAUCUCCUUUAAACUGUGCACAAUUCAACUUAAAGCUGGGCUCUCCAGUCUUAGACAUUUCCACCCUUCGAGAAAGAUGUUGACUGUCUACUCUUUCUAUGCCUCUCAUAAUUUUAUAUCCUUCUAUCACGUCUCCCCACAACCUCUGAUGCCCAAUAAAAAAUAAUUCAAGCUUUCAACUUAAAGCUAAUGCCAUCUAAUCCAGGCAGAAUCCUGGUAAACCUCUUAUUCACCCUCUCCAAACCCUCCAGCCUCUCUGUCCUCAGGUUCUUGAUUCCCCUACUCUGGGUAAAAGUUUGUGUGCAUCUGCCAUGCAAAUCCCCCUCGUGAUCAUCUAUCUAUCUAUCUAUCUAUCUAUCUAUCUAUCUAUCUAUCUAUCUAUCUAUCUAUCUAUCUAUCUAUCUAUCUAUCUAUCUAUCUAUCUAUCUAUCUAUCUAUCUAUCUAUCUAUCUACCCAUCCAUCUCUCUAUCCAUCCAUCUCUCUAUCUAUCUAUCCAUUACAUAACUAAAACUCUGAUCUUGUGCUCUUCCUGCUUGCAUGUUUUUUCUAUUUGCACAGUAGGUGAUAGUGCUACGUUUUUUGCCAGCUCACUGACCGUUCUCCUGUGCUGUGAGUGCAAUGAGUUUUGUUCUGAUCAGUGGUAUACUGUAAAAGUUAUUGAGGUUUAAAAAUCUUAAAAGGAACGCGUGCGCAGAUUCCUUCAGUCAGCGCCAUGCAAAUUGGUCUCAUCUCCUGUCAGUCAAUGCCAUGGCCAGGAUGGUGACGCCCUUUCCUGCCUCACACGUGGUAGCCUGUCUCGCCUCACUCACAAACUCCUCUCUCCCCACCUCACAGUAACUUAUCUCUCAUCUCCCCCACCACUGGCAGCGGCCGCGAGGUGGGGGGGGGGGGGAUUCUGUGGAGGCCCUGGUCCCAUCACUCUCCCCGUCAUCACACACCCCUCUCCCCCGCCUACCCUCUGCGGCAAUGGCGGUACCGUCUACCCUUCCCCCCGGGUCCGUGUCCUCCACUGCCGCUGUUGCGGUAACUCACCCUCACAGCCUUCUCGGAGGAAAUCUUUUCCACCAGCUCAUUGAAACUAAUGGUGCCCACCAUGACAAACACUGACUCCAUGCCCCCCUCCCGCGGCCAGGGGGCAGCAGCGAGCAGGCAGGCGGGUGCGCAGGGCAGGGACUGGCCGAGCGGCAACAGUGGGCAGUUGGACAGUACGGGCUCGAGUGGGCAGAGGGAGGGAGGGAGAGUCGGGU